CCUUUAACAUUAUUUCCAUACGCUCUCAAUCGCCCAAGAUGAGUGACGACGAAUCCCAGUCGCGCGUCGCGAUUGGUAUUUCUUUUGGAAACUCGUACAGCUCGAUUGCUUCAACGAACAAUGACGGCAACACAAUCGUGAUCGCCAACGAGGACGGAGACAGACAAAUCCCUUCUAUGCUGUCGUAUGUUUCUGGCGAGGAGUUUCACGGUCAGCAAGCCAAGUCACAGCUUGUGCGUAACCCGACGAAUACUGUUGCAUACUUCAGGGAUUUCAUCGGGCAAGACUUCAAGUCAAUAGAUCCCACCCCAUGCUCCGGAUCAGCACACCCGAAAGCAGGCUCCGACGGAGCGACGUUCAACAUCAAGGACACUGAAGAAGAUUCUGAAAACACCCGCACAAUCUCAGAAAUCACAACGAGACACCUGAAGCGGUUGCAAACUUCUGCCAGCGACUAUCUCGGAAAGGGAGUUAACGCUGCUGUCAUUACUGUGCCCACGAACUUUACAGACAAGCAAAAGGAGGCCCUUACAGCAUCUGCCAAGGAGGCUGGAAUUGAGGUCCUCCAAUACAUCCACGAGCCCGUCUCCGCAGUGCUUGCCUACGAUGCCCGACCAGACGCAAAGCUCUCUGAUAAGAUCGUAGUUGUGGUCGACAUUGGUGGUAUUCGCACAGAUGUUACUGUCAUUGCCUCGCGCGGCGGUCUGUACAGUAUCCUGGCUACUGCCCAUGACUAUGACGUCUCGGGCGCCCAAUUCGACCAGGCACUAAUGGACCACUUCGCCAAGGAGUUUAUCAAGAAGCACAAGACCGAUCCACGAGAGGACAAGCGUGCGCUCGCGAAACUUAAGCUCGAGUCUGAAGCCGUUAAGAAGGCCCUCUCCAUUGGCACGAACGCAAGCUUCUCCGUCGAGUCUCUUGUGUCUGGUAUCGACUUCACGUCCACCAUAAACCGUACGCGAUUUGAGCUUAUCGGUAAUAAGUACUUCGCCUCCAUCAGCCGCCUUGCCCUCUCCGCCGUAGAAAAGGCUGGUCUUGACCCCCUCGACGUGUCUGAAAUCAUCUGCUCCGGCGGCUCUUCGCACACGCCCAAAGUCGCCCGCUCUCUGCAAUCUGCCUUUCCCGAGGGCAUCCCCGUUCUUGCACCCGCAACAUCCCCAACCUCACUCAACCCUUCUGAACUUGCAGUUCGAGGCGCUGCGAUCCAAGCUUCUCUCAUCUCCGAAUUUGAAACCGAGGACAUCGACCAGAGCACGCACCCUAUGGUCACUGCCGCACCACACCUUGGCAAGGCAAUCGGCAUCCUUUCAAUUUCAGGCGACGAGUCUAGCGGUGUCUUCCGUCCGCUUGUUGAAGCACAUACACCUGUUCCUGUGCGUCGUACGGCGCAAAUUGCCGUCCCUCGCGAGGGUGGCGAUGUACUGAUCAAGAUCUGCGAAGGUGUGAGCCAGAUCAAGGUUUCUACGCCUGCACCACAGCCCAAGGCUGAGAAGAAAGAUGAUGAGGAUGAGGACAGUGACGAAGAUGAUAGUGAGGACGAGCCGGAAGAGGUGCGUGAGCGCGUUUGGAAGGCAGAAACAGUUCUUUCUGAGGCUGCAUUGAGAGGCGUGAAGAAGGGUGCCAAGGUCGAGGUUCAACUGGACGUUGCAGCAGAUCUGAGCGUGAGAGUUACUCUGAGGCAGGUUGGUGACAAAGGCGGAAAAGGGCUGAUAGGAAAUAUCAAGGGAAGCGCCAAAGAAAAUGGACACGCAUCGUAAGAGGUUGCGUAAGAGACGAGGUAUAUAAUUCUGGGCUUCGAUCAAACGGCUCGAGGGGAUGGUUAUGGCCGUGGGUGGUACAGACAUCGUUACCCCUUUACUUCCAGCUGUCACGAUUUCACAUUGGUAUAGAUAGACUGCGGGCGUAUAUCGUAUAUAGCAUAUGAAUGUAUCCUGCAAGACCCAUUCCGCC